AUGCCAUACUUUGUAGAUAAAAUUCAAUUAGAGGUGCCCAUCAAUUUGACUUCAAAUCCAGAUAUGAUUGUAGUCCAAGCUGAACCAAUAACAAUUUUGGACGAAAUGCCGGGACUUAUUUCGGAAGGAGGCGGCGUUCCGGGAUGUCUUGGUUGUGGUGAACAAGCUGGUGGACUGUCAUUUGCAUACAAUGCUUCUCAUGUUCGACUGUGGGUUAAACUGAACUAUCCGAUAACUAGUGCAGCAGACGGAUGGGGAGACAGAGACUAUCCAUCAAACCGUUUAAUGUCCUCGGAAGUGAAAGUCAGGAUUCUUGCCUGGAUUUUUGACAAUGCAGUGAACACAUGUCAAUGGAAAGAAACAUUGACAACAGACAUUGCAGUAUCUGUACAAACAAGUCCGAAGAUGAUAUUCACGCGUGAAGUGGUAACCGAAGCUUCUCUUGUGAUGGUGAAGAUUCGACCCGUGGAUGGUCCAAACGUAGGUUUCUCAUUUUAUGGCGCUGGUUCAGUAGUGACAUCUGGGAGCUAUGACACAAGAAAUAGAUACACGGGUCUGGUAUUUGGCUACAACAAUUUUGGGGUGUACGUCUGGAGGGUCAAGCCUACCUCAAGGUCUUUUGUUUUUGAUAUCGAUAGUCCAUGGGGAGGCGGAAAAUAUAGCCAACAAACUAAUGACGUGGAGAUUGACAUUAUCGCCCUUGGAAUGAUGUCAAGAGGUAUAUGCAACAAAACAGAUUUAACAUUAGCGAAAGCUACAAUCAAAAGAAACAUGGUACGGCCGUGUACGGAGGAGAAAGUAACAUGUGAUUAUGGGUACCAUUUUGUUAAUAGCAGUUUCCAGACGGUACUCUGUCAAUUAAACGCAAUUUGGAAGGAAAGUGAACCAGAAUGUGUUGAAACGUUUUGUCCAGAUGUUGAUGCUCCUGAAAAUAGCACAGUUGUAUCUGUAAACAGGACGGUGGACGGAGAAUUGGUAUAUUCUUGUAACACUGGAUUUUAUCUUUUGGCGGGAAAUCUAAGCAGAUUUUGUUUACCAAACGGCACAUGGAGUGGGGAUCCACCCGUAUGUUCAGAGAUUCUAUGUCCUGCGUUAACGGAUCCGACAGAUGGCACUGUUGUUUUAAGUUCCGGUAGAUCUGUCAAUGAUGAGGCUGUUUACAGUUGUAAUCCAGGGUUUGUAAAAACUGGGGGUAAUCUCACUCGAACCUGUUUAGACAUUGGAUAUUGGAGCGGUAGUGCUGCAACAUGCUCAGAAAUAUUGUGCCCAGAUACUUUUUCUUCUUUGAAUGCCAUUGUGGUGGAAGUAAACAAUGGAGUAAAUGGAACCAUACAAUACAGCUGUUUAUCUGGCUUCCAUAAUUCCGCGGGAAACCUGAGCAGAACUUGCAUGUUGGAUGGUGUUUGGAGCGGGGAUCCCCCAGUAUGUUCAGAAAUUUUCUGUCCAUCACUGAUUCCUCCUCAACAUGGAGGUCUCAUCCAGAACACCUCUGUAGGUGGAACAGCUUACUGCUACUGCAAUCCCGGGUUUCAGUUAUCUGGUGGAGAUUCAAAUCUUACAUGUCUGGACAAUGGAACUUGGGAUGGAGACCCUGUAAUUUGCUCUGAAAUAUUAUGUCCAGUAGUAGAAAAUCCAGAAAAUGGCAUCGUUACAUUGUCGAACAACAUCUCCAUGACGAAUAUUGGGAUGUCAGGUGUUCCCUUUAACACUAUCGCUACAUUCUCCUGUAACCCCGGGUACUAUAUAGCGGCGUCUGUAUUUAUCUUCAAACGCAUCUGUCUCGUAAAUGGAAGUUGGGAUGGGGCACCAUUCAGCUGCUCAGAAAUCCUGUGUCCAGAACUUGAUGAGGCACCAAAUAGCACAAUUACACACAUAAACCGAUCUAUAAAUGGAACAGUGCGCUAUAAAUGCAACAAAGGGUAUAUUCUAGCAAACGGCAGUCUUCAGCGAAAAUGUACUUCUUAUGGAGAAUGGGAUGGAAAACCUCCAAAUUGUACAGCUUUAGGACAGUGCAUGUGUCCCUGUAAUAUGGUGCAUGAGCCAAAGUAUACAAACACUAGUGACAAAGCACUGAUCAGAGAGAUCGAGAAGAUGCGAGAAGAACUUCUUGUUCUAGAAACUUCGGCUGCUCUGAGAAAAAAGAUAUCUGUGAAAGAUUUUCGUCCUUCUACCAAUGCUUCUGGGAGUGUUUGGGUGAUACUUCUGUUAAUUAUGGCUGCUUUAAUAAUUGUUCCUGAUGUAUUAUCAGCUCUUAGACAUGUAAAAAUUGUGUGUACAAGACGUCUUAUUUCUAGACAAAUAAAAUAA